ACCUUCCUGAAACUCAGUUCACGUAUGGCCAUUCUGUUUGCUCAAUUUUGUGCCGAUGAAUCUUUGGUUUCUGAUCCGGCAAUUCCUCCAUGUUAAGGUUAUUACUAAAGUAUCAAAGGAUUUGUACGAGUAGUUUCUUCUCGAUGAGGAAUCAAACGUUUCUGAUUAAGUAAACUUCUCCAUCAAAGAGAAUACCAUCAAACAAUGUCAAUGGCCAAGAAUCAUAUCUCCGAUGUGUCUACAUUAUCAAACUAGGAGAUAGGAGGUUGUGGAUCAUUAACAAUCCACCAAGGCGGGGUGAUCCUAACGAUCAUUUUCUUUGUACUGGUAUAUAUCUGCUCACAUCUUCAUCACAUUGACACCAUUAACAGCUUUAUAUUCCCCUUUGUCGAACCUCGUACUAUACUCACGUUUAUAAAUAUAUAUAUAUAUAUAUAUUUCAUUAACAACUCAUCAACAUGUCUCAAUCGAUCCCCCAAACCACCAAAACUUGGAGAAUCGAAGGAUUCAACGGAUUUGAGAGCUUGAAAUAUGAUACUCAAGCUACACUUCCAGAAUUGGGUGCCAACGAUGUUCUCGUGAAAUUUCAUGCUGCUUCAUUAAACUACAGAGAUUUGAUAAUCCCCAAAGGCCAAUAUCCAUUUGCACUCAGAGAUGGCAUAAUUCCCGGCUCCGAUGGUGCUGGCGAAGUUCUUGCUGUUGGAUCGAAAGUAACUCGAUUUACCCCCGGGGCCAAGGUCCUUACUCUUUUCAGUCAAACUCACUAUGGCGGUUCGCUCGAUCAUUUAUCUAUGCAAAGCGGCUUGGGUGGUGCCAUGGAUGGUACACUUCGUCAACACGGUAUCUUUAACGAAAAUGGGCUCGUAGAUAUGCCUUCCUCCCUUUCAUACCUCGAAGGAGCAACUCUGCCAUGUGCAGCCGUCACAGCCUGGAAUGCUCUUCACGGAUUAAAGCCGCUGAAGUCUGGAGAUGUGGUUCUCACGCAAGGAACUGGUGGUGUUAGCAUAUUCGCUGUCCAGUUUGCCAAAGCAGCUGGGGCAACGGUAAUUGCCACAACCUCCUCCGAGUCAAAAGCUUCGACGCUCAAGAAACUCGGUGCCGACCAUGUAAUCAAUUACAAAACCACUCCAGAAUGGGGUGCACAUGCCAAAUCCCUUACUCCCAAGUCCGCUGGCGUAUCGCACAUUCUCGAAGUCGGCGGUCCUACUACCAUGGCACAAUCUCUAAAAGCCAUCAAGAUCGACGGAGUUAUCAGUAUAAUUGGCUUUGUGGGCGGACAAGCAAAAGAAAAGGAGCCAGGGUUUUUGGACUGUUUGACAAACGUCUGUACGGUUAGAGGUUUGCUCGUAGGAAGCAGAGAAAUGUUCGAGGACAUGAACAGGGCAAUUGAUGCAAAUGGAAUCAAACCAGUGGUUGAUGAAAAGGUUUUCGGGCUGGAGGAGCUUAAGGAGGCUUAUCAAUAUAUGUGGGACCAGAAACAUUUUGGCAAGUUGGCCAUUAAAAUCGAGUAGAGGCGUGUAAGCAUGUUACCAUGGGUACUAGGAUAAUUCGGUACUAUCAGGAUUCAAGGUUGACCAUAUUAUGAAUGUAUAUUAUAUAUAAAAAAAGCGGGUGCGGAUGAAACUCUACCUCAUACGCAAUUUUCUAGAUCGUAUCCAUACUCACAAUUUAGAACUCAUUUAUAU